UAUAUUAUAGUAAAGAAUAAUUCUUUCAGAACAAAUGAAAAAUACAAUUUUUUUUUUCUCCUGAUACUGAGAAUUUUUACUGUAAACACAAUUGACGAAAUUCUUUCUGUAAAUAAAGAUUUAAAUAAAAACAAUAUAUUUUUUGAGAUUAUUGAACCACCUGAAUUGGAGUAUACAUAUAAAAUUAAACCUGCUAAAAAUUUUGGUACAAAUUUCAAUUUUUUUGAAAAAAGAAUCAAUUUGAUACCUUUGAAUCCAUUAAAUGGUUGUCAAUAUUCAAAGAAUGCUGAUGAAUUAAAAGGCAAUGUUGCAUUAAUAAAACGUGGUGAAUGUAGCUUUUUUAUGAAAGCAAUUAAUGCUGAAAAAAUUGGUGCAAAAGCUGUAAUUAUCUUCGAUGAUUUUCCAUCAAAUUUUGAAAAAAUUAGAGACACUCCAAUGUGGGUCGAUCAUUUCUACAUUAAAAUGAUAAAAGAUGAAAAUAUUGAUGAAUCAAUAAUUGUAAAUAUUCCCGUUGGAUUUUUGCAUGGAAAAAAUGGUAGAAUGAUAUUAAAUACUUUAAAUCGAUUACAAAUGAAAUUUGCAUUGAUUAACAUUCCAAUUAAUAUUACACACCGCGAUAUAAGUGAACUUCAUCAACCACCUUGGAUAUCAUGGUGAAAAAAUUGUGAUCAUAUUUAUAUAUAAAAUAAAAUCUAUUUAUAUAAAA